GAUUGUAUAAAUUCUCUUUCACAACGCCGUGACUGCAAGAAAACUAACUGGUACUGGUAGCCAGCUUCUAGACGACGUGUAUCAUUUUUCGCUACCAGGAAGUUUAGAUCAUCCACUCCCCCUCGCCUACAACAAUAAUUGUCAUUACAGGUGGAGGUGCUGCGCAUUCCGCUUGGAAUCACUGAGGAUACAGUUUCGAAGACCACUGGUACCUUGACCACCAACUCUAUCAUUGUAGGAUACAUUACCGGAUACGUUGCACCUGUCAACCGUCAUCUAUCAGAAGUGCUAUUAGGUGUAAAUAGGUCUACAGCGAUUGAUAAAGCACCACUAUGCAGUUUCUAAGUGCUUUCACGGUUUUGAUACUUUUGGCAGUUGAAAGCCAGGGGUUUUAUUACUGCAGUUUCGACGAGGAUAUCAACCCGACUUGUGGCUGGGAUCUGGACAUCGCAAAUAGUGAUUAUCCCUGGAUCCUAAAGUAUGGACCGUCCCCGCAACCACGUACUGGGCCACCAACUGACCGAUCUGGAAGCGGGAAAUACUUACUAGCUCGGUCGUCAACCAUCAAAUCGAACGGCGAUCUCUUACCUGUUGGGCGUGGUCAGCGGUUUCGCCUGUCAAGCCCCUCCCUCGAAACAGCCAAUCGGCGCCUUCUCCUCCGUUUUUACUAUUACAUGUGGGGCAGGAACAUCGGUGUCCUGAAUGCUUUCGUGGUGGUUCGGGGUGAAAGGAAGAGCCCUAGACCAUCAUGGCGGCAGGCUGGAGCUCAGCAAGACAUGUGGCUAGUAGGAGAGAUCAGGUUGCCAGCUAAUUCUACAGUAAAGGUCAUCUUUGAGAUGGUAAGCGGUAGAGGACUCAUGGGAGAUGUGGCUAUCGAUGAUAUUUCCGUUCUCCAAUAUGUUAUGGAUUGUACUUUCGAGGAUGAGAUCCCAAGCAAAGGGUGUAACUUCACUCAGGAGAGUACUGAUAAUUUGAGCUGGAGCAUCAAUAGCGGGAAGACCCCUACAAAACGAACGGGUCCAACCCGGGACCACACCCUCCAAAACCCGAGAGGGACAUACAUGUACCUGGAAUCCUCGACCAGGAGGCCGGGGAAUGCUUCCCUCAUCAGUCCGGUAUACAUCAAGGAUGUCGGCCAGGCUUGCAACGUCUCCUUCUUCUACCACAUGUACGGUGACCACAUCGGAUUUCUCAAGGUCUAUGUGCGGACGUCGACGAACUCGAGCGACUUCGGCACGCUGCUAUGGCAGAAACAGGGCGAACAGGAGAAGGAAUGGUUGGAGGGCCUCACGAACGUUGACGAAUAUGGAGGGCGUUAUCAGAUAAUUCUGGAAGGCGUCCGAGGUCGUGGAACGUUUGGAGACAUCGCGAUCGAUGACUUUAAACUGAUAGGUCCCGGAUGUCUCAAUCAGGAAUACUACGAUAUCAAUCGUCCCGAUUUAUGUGCCAAUCUGCCAUGUCAAAAUGGUGGAGUAUGCACGAAUACCGUUGAUGGAUCAUUUACAUGUAACUGUACUUCAAACUGGACUGGUCGUGUCUGUGAUACUGAAGUCAAACCAGAUGCCUGUUCCAGCAGCCCUUGUAUGAACGGCGGCCAGUGUUUCCUCAUCAACUACACAGAUACCAGCAUGCCAGGAGGAAUGACGCCUCCUCCCCCCUUUUCUUCAGACGUGACCCCAGGACAGAACUUGACGCCUCCCAUCGGGAAUCAAUCUCUAUGGUUCGGAAAUCAGACAGACUUUUACGGGAAUUGGUCAGUGCCUAGCGGUAACGAGACCACUUUUACCGGUAACUGGUCAGAUCCGAUCGAACCUGGGCAAGCCUUCACAUGUGUCUGUGAGGUCGGUUGGACUGGGUCACUUUGCAAUGACGAGGACUUAUACUUAGAUCCUUGUCUGAACAACCCCUGUGCUCAUGGAGGAACUUGCCGGCGUAAUUACACCGAACACGCUCUAUACACUUGUGAAUGUACACCUGGAUGGGAGGGGGUCAACUGCGAAGAUGAUUUUAAUGAGUGUGACGUCAGAAGCAACCCCUGUGAAAACGGUGGGACGUGCAUCAAUGACAUCGGAAGUUAUAACUGCACAUGCCCCGAUGGUUACUAUGGGGAGAACUGCGAGACCGCAUGUGCUGACCAACACAACAGUUGUGCGUACUGGGCUGCUAUCCGUGAAUGUGAAAAGAACCCAAACUACAUGCUUGUAUUCUGCAAAUUGAGCUGUGGUGUAUGCAAGGAAUAUGUUUGUGAGGAUAAAGACACUCGAUGUUCUAGAUGGGCCGCUGACGACGAGUGUACGAGAAAUCCACUUUAUAUGCUUGGACAGUGUCAAAAGAGUUGUUCCGUUUGUAUUGAUGAUGAGUGUUUCUCAAACCCUUGUUUCAACGAUGGAGUUUGUACUGACGGGAACAACUCAUACACAUGCACAUGCCCUCCUGGUUUCGAAGGAGUAGAAUGUGAAAUAAACAUUGACGAGUGUACUAGCGCCCCCUGUCUCAAUGGCGGGGUUUGCGUUGAUGGGGCUAAUAAUUACACCUGCAAUUGCACCGAGGACUAUGAAGGAAAUGAUUGUCAGCUAAGAGUUGAUGAAUGCAGUGCUAGACCCUGCCUUAAUGGAGCCACUUGUACACUCACUGACACACACUUCAACUGCACAUGCGCAAAAGGGUUUGAAGGCGAAACAUGCGAAAUAGAUAUCAAUGAAUGCGUCGAUACAUCGUGUUUGAAUGGUGGCACAUGUAUAGAUCAACCUGGUGGUUUUCUUUGUAACUGCACCGAAGAGUGGACGGGCGUCACUUGUGAACAAGAUUUUAACGAGUGUCAGAGCAACCCUUGUCUUAAUGGAGGAUCUUGUUACCAUGGCAUCGGGCAAGCACUCUACUUCUGCCAUUGCCUGGAUGGAUGGGAAGGAACAAAUUGCGAUGAAGAGAUCAACGAGUGUGCAAGUCUUCCUUGUGAAAACGGAGCGACUUGUAUCGAUGCCUUCAACGCCUUCAGUUGUGCAUGUGUGCCUGGAUGGUCUGGCAUCACCUGCAGUACCAAUAUUGAUGAAUGUGCAAGCGGGCCAUGUGUGAACGGAGCAACAUGUCUUGACUAUGUUGAUCGCUAUUAUUGCUUAUGUGAAGAAGGAUUAUCUGGUGUAAAUUGUGAAAUAGGUAUGUAUUCUUACAUAUUUAAUUCAGUCAUUAUUUUUACUUCUUUUUCCUCCUUAUUUAUUUAUCCAAAUCCUUCUUUUUCCUCUUCAUUCACGAAGUAUUAGUAGUAGGAGUAUUGUUCAUAUGGAUAUUAUGAUCAUUAUCCAUAUCAUCAUCGUCAUCAUCAUCAUUGUUAUCCUUCUUUCUUGUCUUCUCCUCUUCUAUGCGCGUUUUUUCGUUUCCAGGUUAUUUAUUUUUAACCACGUAGUGGGAGUGAUCAACUCUGUCUCGCUUUGGUGCAUGCAUUUGGCAUGUCUGGGAUAUUUUCCCUAACACUUCCCCUAUUUUAUAUUCUUCGGAAUCGUCAUUCCCCCUUUUAAUCUAUAUAAAUCACAUUAUGGAAGAAUCAUUGUAUGCUAAUGAGCAUACAUGGGAUGAACAUGUGCCUGCGAUUAUGACGAAAGGGAUGAUGCUGACGAUGAGUAGAAAAGAAAGAGAUUUGACCAUUUACCCUUUUUGACUUUCUUCCAGACCUAAGCAUUGGCCUACCAUUUUAAGAGGUAAAUAUGUGCAUGUCACCAUUGACCUUGGGUUGAUGAUUCGACGUUUUUUUUUUCGAGUUUCCUGAUAUAUCAUGAAAAACCUGAAGGAAAAUAAUUUUGGUGGAGCGCUUCAUCUCACCCCCUCCCCUUGUGUCAGGAUAUGAUAUCGAUGAUCAUGUGAUCAUCUGAU